ACUUAUUCGAAACUAAAAGAACAUAUAAGGGUAUUUACGUCAUAUGAUGUUAAACAAAGGAAACUUCCAAAUUCUCGCUUCCGGUCUUGAAUAUUUGCUUCGAAGUUUCAACUAGUUUGAUUCUUUCUUCAUUCGUUGUACAGAUUUGCGAUCAAAUUUCUUCAAUUCUCCUCUCUACGAAUCUGGUUUAACAGCUAAAGAUCCCAAGAGAUAGUUGCGUGCUUAACAAAUAUGUCGUCUAGGCGUCAUGUUCGUUACAGUCCUUUAGCCGUUGAUGAAGACGAUGAUUAUGUUGGUGGGAGGCGUUAUGACCCGAGGUUUGAUUAUGCACCAAAAGCCUUCGAUAGAGUCCCAUGGAAGUCCAUUGCCCUUGCACUCUUUCUGCUUUGUCUAGGGUGCUUGCUUCUUUUUCUUUCUUUUUUCAUCUUCACAGGGCAUAUGGGAGGAGAGCAAUCACAGGCAUAUGGCCUCUUAGUACUCGGAAUUCUUACUUUCCUUCCAGGAUUUUAUGAGACUCGGAUAGCUUAUUAUUCUUGGAGGGGUGCUGAUGGAUACACCUUUGCUUCCAUUCCAGAUUAUUAAGACACGAUGUUCAUCCGGUCGAUUCAUCCGCCUCCUCUUUAAUCGAACUAAAGUGUGUUACAUUAUAGUUAAGACUUAAUAGCUUGAUUAAAGCAACCUUACAAUGCUGUAAAUACUUUAGUUUUGAAUUCAAUCGAUUUGUUACUCUAAAUAUUUUUUUUUAUUAUCGUAUAUGAUGAUCGAUGAACCGUGAAUUUUAUUAUAAGAUC